UCUGCGAUGCCGUCUUUUUUAAUUGAAACCACACGAGUGUUAACGAGGUCACCCCGGCCUGGCAGAUCUUUGUCAUCAUUCCACUCCACUGUACCUGAGUGGCAAGAAUCCCUGAAAAGAGAAAUUAGAGCUCUCAUAUUGAUAUCCAGGUGAGGCGAGAUGGAAGACUGAGGGCCUGAGUCAUCUUGAGUGGGCAGGAAAAUGAAAAUCACUGUCAGAUGCAGCAAAGGUUAUAUGUAAAUGGGGGUUUUACUCCUCGAAGAAGAAGAAAUUGUCUCCCUGCACGUCUGAGUCUGUCAAAAUCUGAAAUAAAUCUGCACCUAAUUGCAAAAGCAUUACAUUGGUUUGUUGUGUUGUUGAGAAAUCCCUGUUGGUGAGUGCAACAACUUUGUUGGACGUUUUGAUUGGAGACUAACCAACCUGCGCGCUGUGAUUCGCAUUCCUGACUCGUAAUCACCGACGUGAAUGCUUGUGACACGCACACACAUACUUUCCUAAUUGUCCUGGAGUGUCACACUUCUGGGCUUAGUCCUGUUUGGCCGAGUGGUCCUGUAGGUUACUGGGUCACACGUUUCUCGAGGAUGCCCACCAGGAUGUCCACAAGCUUUUCAUUUAAAACUACUCAAACGAUUAUUGUGUGAAUGCUGAAAAGCACCAACAAUUUUGUAUUAUUUUUAUACUGCCUCGUUUUUUUCCACAUUUUUUCAACCAAUUCAAACUUUUCCGACAUCAACUUGUUCAGCUCAUCCAAAAUUCCACAUUUUCCAGUUAGGGAUGUCCCGAUCCGAUCUUCAGGAUUGGUAUCGGCUGCCGAUCCGCUGUAUUUGUGAAGAUCGGAUAAUAUCGGCUUCCGCCGAUCUGGUUGCCGUAUCACGUUCGUAACUACCAACAUGGUAGGUGCUAUAAUGCGCCUCAAAGCUGGUUGCCACUCGACUCGCGCCACCCGCAAGAAGAAGAAAACGUAACACCACCAUGCAGACAUGUCCGCGGUGUACCGUGGUGAAGUUAGUUUCACGUUGGACGUUGGAUAUUUGGCUCCGUAGCGACAGAGGUAGUUCCCUGUCACUGCGCCCGGACUGCUGCGUCAUGGUGUGGGGAGCUCGCACGGAAAGUGCCGCUCAAACCGCUGGUUGCUUAUAAUAGGGAUCGUACAAACACUACUAAACAUGUCGAAACGGUGGCGAAAAACCUUGGAAACGCCUCUGUUUCGGCGCGUGAAUGAAAGCUACCAGGGUUUGCUUAGUUUAACUAGUGCAACUGUGUGUGCGCGCGACUCAGACUGGAUGAGUAUAUUUUCACCGCGUUGUGUUUUACUGCUUUAAUGUAUGAAUCAUUUUACAUUGCCCACUGAUGGCAUGCAGUGAAAAAAAUGAAAAAAGACGAGAGGCACGUUUAUUCUUGCACCCGGCGCGUAUCAACCGUCAAUUGCCAUUCUUAAACACACAACACAUUCCGCCCUUCAAAAUAAGAGCGCUCUUUGUCACAUUUGUCUAAUUGUAUAAACAAAAUAAGGGUGUCAUUAAAAUAUUUUACGUUAAUAAUCGAUUGGAAUUACAUCUGUGACUCCAUCUUCCUUAAUCACAAGUACAAACAUUACAGUUUGUUGAGCAUUUUGUAGCAAAAUGUGCUGAGGCUGACAUCCCAUUAGAAAAGUUAGCUAAAUGUAAGGAUUUUUGCAUUUAAAUCCAACCCAAAUAGCACACACUCUAUGCUGGUAAAAUAAGUGGAAAAGCUAAAAAACUGAAUUCUAAAAAAUUAGGGCCUCCCAAGAGAGUUUAUUAAAAAAAUUUCAUAUAUUCUAAAUCACACCACAAAUUGAUCUAUAGCCACGUCAAAUGAUUAGUCCUACCCUAAAAGUAUUUUGCAUGCCCAUUCUUUCCAAUUUUAUCGUUUAUUGGACUUUGGAUCUUUUGUUCGGGGUUUUAUUUAGGGAUUAGGGACCUGACUCACAGAGGUUUCUUACAAUAUUGUUGGUCAUGCUGUGUAAUUAAAAAGUACAUUCAGCAGUACUUUGGUUGCAUUAUUUGUAAUGCUUUGAAGAGCUAUUUUCAUAACCGUAUUCAAUUCCACAAAUUCAUGUUUGCAACAAAAGCUUAUUAUUAUUAAAAAAACAAACCAACAAAAAAACAAUCGGAUCGGAUCGGCAAGACUAUAAAAAAAAUCAAAUCGGAAGCAAAAAAAUGUGGAUCGGGACAUCCGUAUUUUCCAGUGACAGCAUUCCCAUUAAAAAUGGACAGUUUUUACAAGUUCCAUAUAUCUCACCAAUUCAAACCAUUCCAUAAAAACACUCGAUUUUCCAAAAUCCACACAUUAAAUUCCCUUUGAUCUUUAAUCUUGUGAAUUCUAACGACUUCCAUAUUCCUCAAUCGAGUCAAACAAUUCCAACGUCAAAAUCUUUUUUGACAGACCAAAAGUCUUUUCUGGCCCAAACAGUCCCAUUGAAAUGAAUGGCAUUCUUCCGUGUUUCUCAACCCAUUCAAGCCAUUGCAGCAUCAUUAUUUAUCAUGUUUUUAGUUCCUUCACAUUAAAACACACACUCACUAAAAUGCUUUUGAAGAGAUUCUUGGUGUUGAUGCCUUCUUUUUAAAAAAAAAAAAAAAAGACCUUGUAUUUCUAACAUUUUAGGUUUUUUUUCACCUUGGUUGCCGGGACACGGAGUGUGAGGAAAGGAAAACAUUAAUUUUCUGAGCUUUGCAGGGAGCUUUGCGAAGGGUGAGCAAGAGAGGGAGUGAGGCACUGAGGUCCGAGGGGGAAAGAGCAAAGAAUCAUGCUGUCGAAAUGAUAAGGUUUGCUUUUUUUUAGCUUUUACACAAAAGUGCGCGAGAACAAUUUGAAAAAAACGUGCAAAGCAGUGAUAGAUUAGCAAGACUGUUAGGAGGACGCAUGGCAGACGCGGGUGGGGAAAGACACCUGCAGAGGUGCAAGAUGGACAAGCCCUGCAGGGAAGGCAGAAAGACAACAAAUAGGAGAUGGGUGUGAAAAACACGAGGCUCCGCCAGCAGGCAAUGUGCACGCAUGAUGUGAAAAAAGGAACCAUAAAAUCACCUUUAUUUCGACAAAAACCUAUUUUACUUACUUUUUCAACAGAACAAAUAUCACUAGUGUAACUUACAUGGAUGAAACGCCUUCUUUAAAAAGACUUUUGAUGUAAGCGUGCAUUGUCAGAUGGAGCUCUGGCAUGACUUCCAGGUCGCGAUUAGUGGGGCUCCAAGUGAGAGAGCAGUUGGCGGGACGCGGUGUCUUCCACCGCUGAGAAAGGCUGCUCGUCUACUCCGAUGAAUUCAAUCAUUUUUCAGGCUAUUUGCUCUGCCUUCUGACUGUCUGUCUGCCAUUUGACUGAUGCAGCACUCAUGCAUACUCAUGCAUGUUGUUGUGUUUGUUUUUUUCAAAUGCCGUAUUCAUUUCAAGCUUUUAACAUGCUACCUCCGCAAGGUGUUUUUCGUGGCAUGUGUUGCAGGAUGCAAACUUUACAUCGCUCUCACAAAUCGCAUAAAAGUUUGGGGUUGCUGCCGCACACCUGCCAUGUGAAGGAAAGGGGCGAGGGGGACACUACGCAAGACAUUAGAGCAGGACACGACACUGCACACAGGGGUCUCCACAAGCUGCAGGCUGUAAUAGUACGAGCCACAGUUACAUGUCCGACCCCUCUGUGGCAGUGGAUGUGAGGAAGACAGACUCCCUCUACCACACUCACAACCUCUCAAGCGGGGCCCUCAGCGGCCGCAGGGGCCACCACUCGCAGAAUGAGGACAAGGAGGGCUUUCACAACCUGGCCUACAGCAUCUCCAGUGACAGCAGCCUCAGACUGGAGGUGGACAACAACCACGUCAACCACAGGCUGCAUGCCGCGCCUCUGCCCGCCACAGCCAGUGCCCCCACUGUGGAGGGCGGUCUCUACAUAAUCCAGCCGGACGCUCUAGGGCCGCAGUGGGUGAUGCAGGACAAACGGCACAGUCAGGUGCCGGUGUACCCCAGCUUUCAGGCCUAUGACAACCAGAGGGUCUUUGGUGAGCUGAGACACUGGGACAGCCCCCUCUCUGAGUGCAUCAACACAGGCGGGAGCCUGUCGGUAGACGAGGUGGACGAAGGCGUGGGGGGGACACCGGAGUACCCGUGCGACACCGGAGACGAGGGCAGCGUCUUGUCGGUGGACAUCCAAACCAGCACCACCAGCCUGUCGUCGGUCGACACCAAAGACGAGCGCAGAUGCAAGGCGGCGGACGCGUCCACCGUGGAAAGCGGCAUCUGUGUGGCAAAGAGCGAGGACGAGGAGGACGACGCUGGGAACGAGGUAGACGAGGUGCAAAGCGUCACAGACUCAAUGGUGGCCGAGGCCCUCGCCGCCCUGGAAGCUGCCACGGCCGGGGAGGACUACGAAUGAGGGACGCAAGCGGACGCCAUUCAGAGGGAAAGCUGUUUACAAGGGCAAGUCCUGGUUUGCAAGGGAAGUGUGUCAACACUCCAAUUGUCCACAAAGUGAAACCUUAGCGCUGAAUCAGCGUUUCUUUUGUGAAUGAAUUAAAUCUUCAGGCCUUAUUUAGGAUUUUUGAAGUGCAAGACCAAGCAUCAUUUUCUCAUUUUCCAUUCUGGUGUGUGAAAGUAGUUCACGCUCGCUGGUGAGCUGAUUGAGGUCGGAGCUUUGUAAGAAGAGCUUCUCUCGAUAGCUCCAGUGGAACCCGUUUAAGGAGACGCCCCUCUGACCGUCUGACUGACAUCGAGACAUGACAAUGGGCGACAAAGGAUUUUUUUUUUACCUUUUUCCUCCAUUCGUGCUGAAGUUUAUUUUGAUUCUUGCUUCUUUCUGUCGAGGUAAAUCGUUGUAUGUCUUGACUGCAAUGACAAUAAAGCUUUCGUACAUGCGCAAAUCUUUCUUCCCGUAGCUAACAAUCUUUAAAAACAUUUCUUAAAUGGGUGCAUUUUGUUAGUUGCUGUGGUAGAAGCCAGGUUAAUCCUGCCAUGUUUUUAUUUAGAAGCUUACUUCGCCCUGUCCACGUUUUAAUGCCGUGGAUAGUAGUUAUGUUGCUGUUUCACGCUGCAGCGUUGAAAAUACUACAUCACGUCAACGUAAAUGGACUAAUUUUUCACAUCAAUGAUUUUUAUGUCGAGAAAAGGGGUCGACCACGCAUGCCCCAAAGGGGCCGCAUGCAGCUGACUAGGGGGCGCCAACAUCUGAACGCACGAAUAGCAUUACAGUCGUCCCUCCGUUUGCAAUACAUUGCGGUUCGAACAUUGUGGUUUUUCAGAAUGAACUCAUAAAUGAUCGCUGCUUCGUAGUUGACUAUGGCCUAUUGAAAGACAGGUCAUGUAGUGUUCUGGUCACUAGGCGUCAGUAAUGAUACAAAACAUUGAUGAGACGUCACAUGACCUUAACAGUGCAUGCAGUCAGCAAUGGCAGAGAAAAAGAGAAAGAAGUUCUUCCGUUCUGUGUGUAAGUAGUACGUUUUUGGCUUCUUACUUUAUCCUUCUUCCAACUCAGUUUGAAACCCUUUAAGUUUAGAAUAAAUCAAUUGGACGCUAGCUAGUUAGCUCACGAGCAUGCUAUGCACGCUAUCCCUGUGGUGAUCUUGUUGCCUGCAUAUCAGCAAUAUGGUGUAAACAAAUAAUAAUAGGAGUGUAAAGGUGACUUUAGUGGUGUCAUUGUGAAAAAUGGAAAUUUUUUGAACUGCAUGUACAUUAUUUUAAACUACUGUUGAUAACAUAUGCUAGCUGGUGGUGGUCUGGAGCCAGACUACAUAAGUGGGCCCUUUUUAGGAAUAAGAAUGCGGUCGACCAGGACUUGAUGAGUUGGUAGACGGGCUGUCGACAUAAACGGGUUUCACUGUAAUCAAAAUGUGCUAAAAUCCCUUGAAUCCAUCCCGGAGAUUCACAAAUGUGUGUUGACUCCCUCCAGACUUGACAAACGAGCGCCAUCACCACUGAGGCAUCCACUAAUGAGCACCUUUGGGCUCUCCAACUCACGUCGUACUGAAGCUUCACAUUUUUAAAGCGACAUGCGCUUUGUUGCUUUGCCAUGUUUGUGACUCCACUCUGCUUCUUACAAGUUCACGCUCACAAUCAGACCAUCAGUGUUUCACUCGGUGACUUUAAGUCAUUGACAACCAGUGCAUUGACGGUGGACAAUGGCGGGUGCGUGUACGCUAGUCUGACAUGUUUAUUUUUCUCAAGGCUUUAUUGGGACCUUAACUGCAGCAUAGUCUCAGAGGAAGAGUUGGAAGGCUUGUGCUUUAAAAACACUUAAAAAACUUCAGAAUUCAUUUCCUGGUUCAUCAGCAUUUCGCACGCUGGAUUCCAGGCCCCAAACCUCAUUAAUGUUCACCCUUUCCCUGCAGACAGACCCUGAGAGUUAAAUAUUACACCCAUAGUGGAGCCUGCAUGUAGUUGUGUACCAGCAGUGGCUCCUCCCAGAAGGUCACUGUGUUCAAGGCGUUAAACAUUGACCAGGCUUCCCUCUCGUCCCCCCGUCCCACCUCCAAAUGUUCACCCGUGGCAGCCCGUAUAAUGGUGCAUGGCGCAUUCAUACGUAAAAGAUUGGAUUUAUUGUCUCCACAACUUUUAUCCUAGGGAAGAGCUAAGGUAAACAGCCCUGUGUGUGCAACAGGAGUCAAUAUUUGCACCCUCACACGCCCUGCUGUGACCUUGUGUCUUUGGGGGAAAGGCUGCUCACAGCCACAGGCGGGAUGACGUCGCUUUGUGCGCUAUAACCACGUCGACACUGCCCUCUGAGCGCUGUCUAGCUGUUAUUUCUGCUGAUAUGUUAUUUACUCAUUUACACAGUACUUAUUUAUUUGUAAUGUAAAGUCAUUUGCGAACAGGCGGAAAAAGGGAGCGUUCAAGUUCCUUGCUAACAUGCAGUUUGAAAAUUUCCAAACAAAACAAUUCUGUAAGCUCUGAUAUGUAUACAUCUUUAUUUUUUUGGCAUUAAAUACAAACACAGCAUCCUUGAAAACAAUAAAAAAAUACAUGUAAUCCAUCCAAAAAAGUGGCACCAUGAAAUGACAAGCUUGAUGAUGCUGACCCCUAAACAAACAUAAAAAAGGCUGUAAAAGGUGAAAUAACCCCGCAUGAAGGAGAGAAGAGGUAGACUGACGUCAACGCUCCCUUUGGUUUUGAUGGAAGACUUUCGGCCAACAACCCUCGGCCGCUCAAUCUUUUAAAUAACAGAGAGACAAGACUGAAGACCAAAAAAAAAAAAAAAAGAAAUGGAAUGGAAUGGACAAAACAUUUCUCAGGUGAAAAAAGGAAGUGCAAACAGAACUUUGCAGCUUCCAACACACAAAGGCUGCAUUCACACUUGUGGUUCGGUACUGUCCUCUAGGUGCUCUUUGUGCGCAGUUGGCUUAGCGUUCACACUGGUCGUGUCAUGUUGUGUUGUGUUGUGUUGUGUCAUGGGACCAAAGGCUGUGCAGUUAACAACACAAUUAUGCAUAAAUUAAGGAGAUGAUUGGGGAGCUUUUGUGACAUCUCACAAAUAUUAAAGCAAAAUGCCACCUGCUGGGUUAAAUACAUACGUUAUUUUUAUAUUGUGCUAUAAUUAUCAUCCUAAGAUUUCACCAAGAGCUUCUAAAAUAUACUGAAGAUCCUCUCCCCCACGAACACACAUAUGGAAAGAGCAAAGCUGUCUGCUGGGUUAUUUACUAGCUUACAUUUCACCAAAAGCUUCUACAAUAUACUUUUAAAGAGCGGUCACACACAGAGGGAGAGCGCAGAGCUGUGUCUUUGACACAUUUGUCAUUUCUGCAUACUUUCUGCUGUCAUUUUAACACUGGUUCCUGUAGCUUUGAAACUGGAGAUCAAGUGAAGCGACGCGCGCCAGAGUUCACCCGCAAGCGGUCUUGGUCCGCCUGUUCAGUUGAACACGUUCGCGCUUGACCAAACGAACCGUACUCGGCAGAGAAAACGCACCGGACUUCCUUUCAAGCAAACCAAACGCGGCAAGUGUGAACGCACCAUGAAAACUUCACAGCAGCUCAUCGUCAUCAUGAUAAUUACAUGAAUCCGGAAAAAAUCAAAUCAAAUAAAAUAAGUGCAUUGUUAGCAUGCUGUAGAAAUAAAAUGAAACAGUAAAAUGUAAUGUUUUUUUCACUGGCACACAGAAGCCACUCAAGCAUUGCGCAUUACACUUGCACUAGUUGAUAUAUUCUUACUGACGCCAUCUUCCUCCUGGCUGGUGCACGUUAUGAUGCUUUAUUGUUUUGAUGACACCUGCCAAGGCUCCAGACAGCUUCCUGGCUCCGUAGGUCAUUCCUACUUCCUGUGGGGGUUUUUUGGCCUCGGCUUGGCUGUACCAGUUUAAGAAGUCUUCUUCAAUCAAGCUGGCACACGCUCAUCCUGGAAUCCUGUAUGAUGUCACACAGCUGGACCCAGUGAUAUGAAGCUCUACAAGUCUUUAGGGAGAAUUCCAAAAAAAAAAAAAAACUUUUCCUACCUAGCUGGAAAAUAAGUGGCUCAUGUGAUUGCGUCAUGCACGCCGCCAGCCUUCAGCAGCAGCAGUUUGGCCCCAAGUGAAGGGUGGAGGGGGACCUGCACACCCAUAUUGCUCCGUUGCUGAUGUGUCGACGUCGUCUUAGAGAGGCUUUUAAAAAGUGCGCAGAUGAUUUGUCUUUUUAAGGGAAAGCUGUAUGACGUGACGGUACAGUAGCCACAGAGAAGAAACAAUUAGGAGAAAUGGACAAUUGGGAGAAGAAGCACGAGUCACGUGUUAAGUCAUUACCUGCCGUUGGAUCAUUUCUCUUUGUCCAUGUUGUCAUUCUCCUCCUGAGGUAGCACAGGAGAACAAUCAGACAAAGCACACAAUUCCAGAAGAAAACACUUUUAGCUCCAAAGCGCUACAAGGACCAAAGUGUUGGGACAUAUUGACAGUUCACCACGUUGGAGCUGAGAGGGGGCCUGCAAGCUUACAGUUCAUCCUAAAAGGUAUUUUAUUUCCUCCACACAAAACUCAAAGUUUCCUCUCCGCCUUGUAUUAGCGUGACAGCUCCCCCUAACACAGGGGUGUCCAAAG